CCACCUACCGGAAAUGCGUGGCUCAGAGGAAAAAUGGCGUACAACACAUUGCAUAUAACCGCUAUAUGUGUGGCUUUAAGGCCUCUGUUUAGCUCUUUGUUUUUAUCUAUAUUCUUCGCCUUUUCAUUAAUAGAAACAAUAAAGUGUGAGGAUGCGUUCAGUGCCGGCCGCACGGCCUCUGUCUCGGUCUCUCGCGCACGGGACCUACGGUACCUGUUAUAUGAUGUAAACCCUCCUGAAGGGUUUAAUUUGCGAAGAGACGUCUACAUCCGCAUGGCGUCACUGGUCAAGACUUUGAGGAAGGAGGGGGAUGACUGGGUAUUGGUGCUUCCCCCAUGGGGUCGCCUCUAUCACUGGCAAAGUCCGGACAUUCACCAGAUUCGUAUCCCGUGGGGAGAGUUCUUCAGCCUGACCAGCCUGCAAGCCAAUGUCCCGGUUAUCGAGUACGAGGAAUUUAUUGCUGAAAAUGGAGGCCCGUUCAUAGACAGGGUUCUUGUACUGCAGAACUAUGCCGAGGGAUGGACUGAUGGAAAGUGGGAGGAAAAAGUUGACGAGCGCCCAUGCAUUGAGAAGCUGCUGUACACUAAAGAUAAACAGGGGAACUACAGGGGUUGGUUUUGGGGCUAUGAAGAAACUAGGGCUCGAAAUGUGACAUGUCUAUCAGCUCAAGGCCACGCAUCCAUCAUGGCUCCAGUUCUUCAUAAAAACAUCACAGCAACCUCAGUCAUGCUUGAUAGAGCAGAGACUCUCCUACACGAUCACUAUGCAGGAGGAGAUUACUGGGAUACCCGGCGCAGCAUGGUUUUUGCCAAGCACCUGCGGCUCAUAGGAGAUGAUUUCAGAGCAAAAUAUCUGAACUCCACAGAUGACAGGGACCAUACACUGUAUAAUGAGGACUGGACCCGCAUGAAAGCCAAGCCCGGCUCUGCUGUGGGGGGUCCAUAUCUGGGGGUUCAUCUCCGCAGAAAGGACUUCAUCUGGGGUCACAGGGAGGAUGUGCCCAGCCUGAAAGGGGCGGCCAAAAAAAUCCGAAGUUUGAUGAAGAAACACAAACUUCAGACUGUGUUUGUGGCGACUGAUGCGGACGGAGAAGAACUGAGAGAGCUGAAAAGGUUGUUGCCAGACAUGGUGCGGUUUGAGCCAACCAAAGAGGAUCUGGAGCUGCUUCGAGACGGAGGAGUGGCUAUUAUUGACCAGUGGAUAUGCGCUCAUGCAAGGUAUUUCAUUGGGACAUCCGUGUCCACCUUCUCGUUCCGGAUCCACGAAGAGAGAGAAAUCCUGGGGUUUGACCCAAAAACGACAUACAACCGUUUCUGUGGAGACUCUGAGAAACAAUGCGAACAGCCCACACACUGGAAAAUUGUUUACUGACCUUACCUCACCCUACCCUGAAACACCCGUACCAAAAGCAGUAUUACAGCUUACAGAAUUAUGAUAGAAAAUAUCUGUUUUGGGACUGUUUUUUCCCCUCUUGAUUUCAGUGUUAAAUGGCCGCUGUGCCUGAGCUUUGGGCUCCAAAAGCCUAAACUCUGCUGCUCAACAGUGUAAAGCUUCAGAAACUACAUUUGGAUACAGUUUUAUUUAGAUUAAUGGUCAGUGUGAAUCUUUCAUAAAAAGGCUGGUAUCUGCUGCAUUAUCUUGAAAGUAUGUCUAUUUUUCACAAAAGUGAACUGUGCUGUAUGACUGUAUUUGGUUUUGAUGUAAUAUUAAAAUGUGUUUUUUUUUACUGUUUAAGAAUGUUUACUGAUGUAUUUUAAGGAUAAAAUAUAUUUUGAAACGGCAAAAGAACAGAAGGAGGAAGAACUCGAUCUUCGUAGGUGUAAGGAUCUUGCAUUCAAUAAAGGUAUAUCUAGACAAUG